ACCACAGAGGCAUGCGGUUCUGCCCUGGCUCCCCUUCACUUGCAAACUUAGAGAAAGGGUGAAUAAUGCUAAAGCAGCCAAGUGGGCAAAGAGCCAGAAGGCAAUCUGUAGGUAGAGCUUCUAAACAGACACUGUGCAGCAUCAGGCCUCACAUCUCAACUUCUGCUCUUGUCCUGUAAUGGAAAAAUUGCUUGCACCAAGGUAGAAUGUUAUAGUCUUUUCUGGCUCUCUCUCUCCACUCGCCUCCCUCCCUUACCCUUCUCACCUCACUCUCCUCCCUGCCCCCCCCCCCACACACAGAGUCACAUUUGCCUGCAUUCUGCUCAGACAGCAAGGUGGGACGAAGGUAGCCACAUCACCCUUAUUAUGUCCCUUGCGGCAGGCCGUUGGCCCUGGUGGUUGCUGUUCUCCUGCGGAAUGGGACUGGUUGGAGGGGAUGAACAGUGUCCGACAAAAUGUACCUGCAGGUUACUAGAAGUGGUUUGCUCGGGCCUGAUGGAGUAUCCCCAUGAUAUGCCACUGACCACUCGGCAGCUCGUCCUGAAAGAAAAUAAUAUCACCUACUUGCCAGCCAUAUCCCUAGGUCUCCUCAAUGACCUCGUCUACCUAGACUGUAAAUCCAAUCAAAUUAUGGAGAUCAUGGAUUAUACCUUCAUCGGAGUCCACAAACUCAUCUACCUUGACAUCAGUUUCAACAACAUCAGUCAGAUCUCCCCUUAUGGUUUCAGCAUGCUCAACAAUCUGGUGAUCCUAAAUAUUUCCAACAAUCCCCACCUCAAACACAUCAAUAAAUACACCUUUGGCAACAACACCGCCCUGAGACACCUGGAUCUGAGCAACACAGGUUUGGAAUUUCUGGAUGUCCAUAGCAUCCAACACCUGUUCAAUCUCAAGGCUCUGUAUUUGAAAGGAAAUCCUUGGAACUGUGACUGCACGUUAGUGGACUUCAGCAUCCACUUAAUAGUGACAAACAUUGAAUACCCAGAUAAAUUAAAUGCCACUUGCAAAGAACCUGCAGAGAUGAUAGGGUGGCCUUUGACCAUGGUGGGAAACCCACUCAGAUACAAGUGCCUCACUCACUUGGACCGCCAGGACUACGCCUUCCUGCUUCUGAUUGGUUUCUGCAUCUUCUCCGGAGGCACAGUUGCAGCCUGGCUCACUGGUGUAUGUGCAGUACUCUAUGAAAACAUCCAUCGAAAGGCUGAAGACGAAGAAAUAGAUGAAGAAAUAGAGAAUGAAAGGCCCAAUAGGAACCGUGUUUUUAGAUACAAACAUGCAAAAAGUUUUGAUUCCAUGAACCAUCAUUUUGUUUAAAUGCCAUAGACUAAUGCCAGAUGUGCCUUCCCCAAGAAUCCUAGCUCCCCUUAUUGCUCUUUCUCUCCUGUCUCUUCAAUGCUGUCCUUGUAGAUGAAAUAAUAUUAACAAAAUAAACAAACUCAAUGAUU